UUCAGCAGAAAUCAUGAGGAUCGUUUUAGCACUAGUGUUUAUCCUAGUUGCACUGGCUACGGUUGAUGCAUACUGCAAAAAGUGCAAUCGCAACGAAUGCGAAUGCCAGUUGGAAAUCGCUCGUGGACCACCGCCGCAACCGUUUCCUUUUUUUAAGAAGAAAAAAUGCAAUGUAACCAAGCCACUGGAAUUUAAACCGAAGCCGGAUGUAUGUUCGUGCGAGCAGGAGUACCGCAUUCGACCUUUAGCUCCAGAACAUGUUGAGCCCAAGUUUGCGAAAUCUAGAUCGUGCGAAUGCGGCUUUGAACAUCAUCCAGAUCAACCGAAACGUAAAUAUCCAGCCGAUAUUAUAAGCUACCAUCUGGCGCAGGAGUAUGCUAAAAUAAACAGCGUUCCCGAAACAGGCUUGUAUGUGCAUGCACAACCAAUGAAAGCUACAUCCGCACCCAAGUGUGAAGGUAUCCCGGAGGAACGGAUGUACAAAGCCAACAUGCGUAUGCUGGAACUUAAACCGAUCAAGCGCAAGCGUUUCAAUUGUCGUAUCUGUUCAUCGGAAGAGGAAGAGGGUGCACCGUGCAAUCCGAAGCAUCAAAACUAUUUCGACAUCUGCUACGGCAAGGUCGAAAGUAAGGAACCAAAGUUCAACGUAGUAAAGCAAGAUGCACCGGUGUGUGAUCGUUGCCAGGAUCGAUCCAGCACUGAAGAGGUUGAUAGUACGGAAGAGGAUUAUUCUCCCGAACAGCCGAAGAAACACUGCUCAAAGUGUUCGAAACUGAAGAAAAAAUGUGAUUGCUCAGCGCACGUGGAAAGCUACGAGCACGAGUCAGAGGAAUAUGAUUGUCCAUUUGCGAAAAAGUUCUUACGCAAAACUCGCUCAUCCGAUGAUCCAGAGCCCGCGCUUGUAGUUUAGUCCACGCUGCCAUGAAUAUCUGUGGCGUGUUUAAUUUUGUUGGUGGUUUCAGUUGUGAUAAUACUAGUAUAAACCUAGCUUUGUUCAUUGGCGUUGCGUACAUGUUUGUACAUAGUAGCAAGAAAAUAAAAUAUUUCUUAAAUUAAA